CACAUUCUAGUUCGUUUGUGUAAGUCUGGACACUUGUAUUAUCAAUUAACCUUCCAGUCCACUCUCCCGGUUCAGAGCAAUUCAGUGACAAUGCGACCGUUCAAGAGUGAGUGAGAAUUGUUGAAAUUAUCUCCGCUUUGCUGUUUAUAUCAGCUUGUAUCAGUAUCAUCCCAUCCGAAGUGCUAGAUAGUACGAAGUUUACAACCAUAAUGAAUCCGGAAAAGUUCAACCUGCAUAGAAACGACUUGGAAGCCAUCGUUAAACGAUAUUACACGAAUCCAAAGCUGCACUUUAAAAUCAUUUCUUCAGAUGUAUCUCGUUUUAGCGGUAGUCGCGUUGGAUACCUCGGAGAUCACUUCUUCCUGAAACUGGAAGUCAAUCUUAGAGACAAUGAGAAUCAGAAGGAAAUCCUGAGCCUGUUUUUGAAAAUCAUUCCAACCGCCAUUCCCGCCCUGACCACCUAUUUGGAAGCAAUCGGAACUUCCCGAAAAGAAACCCGUCUCUACACCGAUCUGUUUCCUCGAAUGCAGCAGUUCACAAGAUUUGCACCCAAAGCUUAUCUUGCAAAAGAUGACCGACUGUUGGUGUUGGAGGAUUUAACAGUCGAAGGCUUUCGCUCUAUCGAAGGCGCUGAUAUGGGAAUACUCGACAACGCACACCUGGAGCUAGCGUUGGUAGCGUUGGCCAAACUUCACUGCGCUUCGUUGAUGUUGGAAACGAAAACGGGACGUACUAUUCCGGAGCUGUGCCCCGGGGCAUUAGACGAAAACUGCUGGAUACUGAAAGACAACAAUCCACGGGUGGAAGAGCUGGAAAAUGCCAUCCAAGUUCUGUGCGAACUGGUGAAGGUCAUCGAAAAAGAUAACGCAGAUUUGCCAAAAAUUCUUGAGAAGUUGCCUAAAUUUGUUUUGCAAAUUUAUGAAUUAGUAAUACCUUCGGACAAAUGUCGGAACGUUGUCAGUCACGGCGAUCUGUGGGGAAGCAAUAUGUUGUUUAAAUAUUCCAAAUCGACGGCCACUCCAGUGGACUGUUUGAUUGUUGAUUUUCAGUUCGCACGAUACGUGCCUCCGGCUUACGAUGUAAAUAUGCUGAUAACACUUACCACUACCGGUGGCUUUCGAAAACAGCAUUACAGUCGAUUGAUUGAUUUCUACUAUGGAACUGUUAGACGAGAGUUCAUCUCCCAAUGCCUUUCACCAGAGGAAAUUUUCCCGGAGCAACAGUUCCGCGACUCUUGCGAGAGGUACAAAGUUUCGGGGGUUAUCGAUAAUUUUCUCAUGAAUCAUGUAACGCUGUUGCCGAGGAAGUAUGUGGAUCGGGUAUUCUCCUCCCCGGAAGAGUAUAGCAAUUUUAGUGGAGAAGACAAGGUUCGCAUGUGUCUGGAAGUGUUGGACAAUGACUCGCAAUACCGAACAAGAAUCAGCGGAAUCAUCAAGGACUUGAUUGAUAUGCUGUGAAGCAUUGUCAGAUUUUAUCAUGGCAUUCCUCAAAUUAACGAACAUUCCAUUCUAAACUCAAUGAUAUUUGUUACUAAGAAAUAUAACUGAUAUUUUGCUUAUUGA